AGCAGUAUUUGCGCGCCCCCGCUUUGAAGACCGGCUCGAGCCGGUAGGCUAUAAAGAGCUGACAGAACAGUAAGGAAAUAAGGAAACGGUUGAUUUACUUUAACCUGAAGACACAGAUGUGUUUUAUGCAUUCAAGAAAGAGAGGACAGAUACAGUAACCAGGGUAACAUAAUAAGCUAUGAUUCUCCUUGCGGAUCGGACAAGAGGACAUUUUUACAUCAUGCUUAAAAAAGAUGUUGCUUUAGUCCAGAACAUCGAUUCGUCUGAUCGGAAGCGGAAGAGACAGAGCUGGUAGACUAACGUUAUAGGGAGAACAUAGAAAUAACAUACCGAUAAACUAGCUGCUCAUUUUGCCAUUAAAACCUGUUCGUUAUAUUUGACAGUCGACUAUUCCGUGUCGAUCACUUUUCCGACUAGACUGAUCGUCGCUCUGUUGGUGCUCAGACCCAGCCAUGCGGGGGUUAAAGUCAGCGGUGCGGGGGUCCGGGGGGUGCGGGGGUCCGUGUGUGUACGAGGCGGUGCCAGACGGGGGCUGGGGCUGGGCGGUGGCCGUGGCCUUCUUCUUCGUUGAGGUGUUUACUUACGGGACCAUCAAGUCUCUGGGGGUGUUCCUCGAGGACCUCAUGACAGAAUUUGGGGAGAGCAACAGCAGAGUAUCCUGGGUCAUCGCAAUCUGCGUCUUCAUCGUCACAUUCACAGCCCCUCUGUCCUCGGUGCUCAGUAACCGGUUUGGGUACCGUCCCGUAGUGAUUGGGGGUUUUCUGGUCAGUCUGGGUACCAUCAGCUCUGCUUUCGUCUCCUCCAUCAACGAGAUGUACGUCACUAUCGGCAUCGUCUCAGGUCUGGGGUACUGCCUGACCUUCCUGCCCACUAUCACCAUCCUGUCCCAGUACUUCAGCAGGAGGAGGUCCCUGGUCACCGCCCUGGCCUCCUCAGGGGAGUCCUUCGCCAUGUUUGUCUUCGCACCAGCCUUCAUGGCCUUGAAGGAGAUCAUCGGCUGGCGCCACUGCCUCGUCGUCAUCGGUCUCAUGCAGGCCUCCGUGAUUGGCUGCGGCGCUCUGCUUCGACCAAUCAUCAUCCGACCUGACCAGGAAGUGUCAGGGGAGGUGUCCAAUAAGGAGAAGCUGUCCGUUAAGCUGCAGACGGUCUACGAGCUGGAGAAUGAGGACACCCAGACCAACGUUAGCUCAGGGGAGUCUGAGGACUCGGGGGAUUCUGGGGUCACCUCUCUGUCCGCCUCCAGUGCUGACCUCCGGGCCGCCACAGCCGCACAGGACCCCUCAGAGACCCGUGCCCUCAUGGAGGACCAGGGGGAGAAGAACCAGGGGGGACAGGCAGCCCUUGGAACCCCACUGAAUCAGCUGGAGGCUGGGGAGAAAGAGCAGGGUGAGGUGGGUCCCGUUGUCCAACCCUCCAGACCUAAACUUCUAGACUUUUCUGUGUUGAAAGAUGGAGCGUUCAUCUGCUACUCUCUGUUUGGUCUCUUCGCCACGCUGGGGUUCUUCGCCCCGUCUCUCUACAUCAUAGAGCUCAGUAAGAGCCGCGGCGUCCACCCAGAGAAGUCGGCUUACAUGCUCUCUGUAAUGGCGGUGUCUGAGGUCUGCGGGCGCCUGUCCAUCGGGGUCAUUUUAAACAAGGUGCGGAUGCGUAAGACCCAGGUGCUUCUGGGAUGUGUAGUUCUGCUGUGUCUGGUGCUGCUUGCCUUCACCCAGGUGACUGAGUUCUGGGGCCUGGCAGCCUGCUGUUGUCUCUAUGGCUUCCUGAUGGGCACCGUGGGUUCUACACACAUCCCCAUGCUGGCAGAGGACGACGUGGUGGGCAUAGACAGGAUGCCCUCGUCCGUGGGGGUCUAUGUGUGUAUCCAGAGCUUUGCUGGGUUGGCCGGACCACCGCUGGGGGGCCUGUUGGUGGACAAGACCCAGAACUAUGGCUCAGCCUUCUACUCCUGUGCUGUGGGAAUGGGCCUGGGCGCCAUCUUCCUCGCCAUGGUGGGGCCGGCCAAGUCUGGCCUCUGCCACCGCGGGAAGACGAGAAAACAGGAGGAGGAGGAGGAGGAAGGAGAGGAGAGAGGAGGAGAGGAGGAGGAGGAGGAGAAGGUUUCUCAGGACAGUGGAUCAACAGAUUAUCUAGAUGUUGAUCUGGUUGAGGAGACCAGUCCGGCUAAUUGGUCCCCAAAACAGGAGACCAACGUUGUCUGAACGUGGUCUGAACGCGGUUGAAUAGCCAAGACAGAACCACAACCAGGUCUCCUUUGGAUCUUCUGAACUCAAUGGGACGACCUGGUUAAAUAAAGGUUGAAUAUAAAUACAUGACCGCGUUUUGCCGACCGCUGCCUAACUGACCGACCAAGGAGAACCUUGACCACUAGAUACUCACAGGUGGUUAGAAUGGAGAACAAACACUCAACCAUCUGGAAAAUAAGAGAACACACACACACACACACACACACACACGCGCUGUCAAACAUGCUACUGAGAGACUGAGUGCUGGACAAUCACCUCUGUGGUACAGAAUAUAUACACACACACACAUAUACACACACACACACACACUGUCAACAUGCUACUGAGAGACUGAGUGCUGGACAAACACCUCUGUGGUACAGAAUGUAUACACACACACACACACACACACACACACAGCUUUGACCUGUUCACCCUCUCAGAUGUCAUUCACACUUGCAUUGCAGCGAACAACUGUCUUAGGUGCAUUCCUAUUGACCAAGUCUCUCUCCUCAGAGUCAACCAAACUCCAUGCAUGGCUGAGACACAGGCUUUUAACAUGAUUACCACUCUGUCAGUAGUUGAUAUAACCAUGAUAUGACCCCUCUGUUCAUAGUUAUAACCAUGAUACGACCUCUGUUCAUAGUUAAAACCAUGAUAUGACCUCUGUUCAUAGUUAUAACCAUGAUAUGACAUCUGUUCAGUUAUAUCCAUGACAUGACCUCUCUGUUCAUAGUUAAAACCAUGAUAUGACCUCUCGGGUUCAUAGUUAUUACCAUGAUAUGACCUCUCGGGUUCAUUGUUAUAACCAUGACAUGACCUCUCGGGUUCAUAGUUAUAACCAUGAUAUGACCUCUCGGGUUCAUAGUUAUAACCAUGACAUGACCUCUCUGUUCAUAGUUAUAACCAUGAUAUGACCUCUGUUCAUAGUUAUAACCAUGAUAUGACCCUCUGUUCAUAGUUAUAACCAUGAUAUGACCCCGCUGUUCAUAGUUAUAACCAUGAUAUGACAUCUGUUCAGUUAUAUCCAUGACAUGACCUCUCUGUUCAUAGUUAUAACCAUGAUAUGACCUCUCGGGUUCAUAGUUAUUACCAUGAUAUGACCUCUCGGGUUCAUUGUUAUAACCAUGACAUGACCUCUCGGGUUCAUAGUUAUAACCAUGACAUGACCUCUCUGGUUCAUAGUUAUAACCAUGAUAUGACCUCUCGGGUUCAUAGUUAUAACCAUGACAUGACCUCUCGGGUUCAUAGUUAUAACCAUGACAUGACCUCUCGGGUUCAUAGUUAUAACCAUGACAUGACCUCUCGGGUUCAUAGUUAUAACCAUGACAUGACCUCUCGGGUUCAUAGUUAUAACCAUGACAUGACCUUUCUGCUCAUAGUUAUAACCAUGAUAUGACCUCUCUGUUCAUAGUUAUAACCAUGACAUGACCUUUCUGCUCAUAGUUAUAACCAUGACAUGACCUCUCGGGUUCAUAGUUAUAACCAUGACAUGACCUUUCUGCUCAUAGUUAUAACCAUGACAUGACCUCUCGGGUUCAUAGUUAUAACCAUGACAUGACCUCUCGGGUUCAUAGUUAUAACCAUGACAUGACCUCUCGGGUUCAUAGUUAUAACCAUGACAUGACCUCUCGGGUUCAUAGUUAUAACCAUGACAUGACCUUUCUGCUCAUAGUUAUAACCAUGACAUGACCUUUCUGCUCAUAGUUAUAACCAUGACAUGACCUCUCGGGUUCAUAGUUAUAACCACGAUGACUGUUUCUCUGUCUCAACCCCUCAGUUGAUGCCAAAGCCAUGGCAGUAAUAGGCCAAGUCCUGUCUUUAUAUUGAUUACUAUUAUUAUGGUUGAAUCUGAAUGACUUCUGUUAUCCAAACACAAUACCACCACAGUAUUCUGCACAGUCUGUGCACGGUAUGUAUUCGUCAACAGUCUACUUCAUGUACCUAUGUGAUGUAUAAAUGUGAUAUAAAAGUACCAAAUAAGGUCGUAGGUGAAACUAAGAUGUAUGGAUUACAGUGUGAAUGACGAGCAGUUUCAAUUCCGUGGAUCACUGCUUUACCUGUCAAUCAAACAAACAAACAAUCAAAGGUUUUAUUUAUAUUGUGUUUAUUGAAAUAAAAUAUAUAAACACAUUUGAAGCCAAGGCCACAGGGACAAGACGAAACUCUCUAGGAAGGUAGAGGUGGACAUUUGACUACGAAAGUGUUGAUUCCUCGACUCCGAAAACACCCUGGAGUCUUUCACCACCAUAUUAGGCAGGUAAAGACCCUGAGACAAGGAGAGAGGCCGAUCUCCCUCAGACUGGCCUAAAUGCCCUACCCAAAGACUCUGAGUCACUCAGACCUCUUGCACUGAGAUACAGGAUCUAUCAUCUCUGCUGCAACACUCACUGCUGAUCAGCUUUUUUUUAAAUUGAUUAAAUUGAUUUGUUUAUAACAAAUGAACAUUUGAA